AUCCCGCGCCUGCUUUUGGUCGACUGCUUCGACUCCUACACGCAGAACGUCGCCGGCUGGCUCGCGGAGGCGAGCCACGCGCGCCACGGCGGCGACGGCCCCGUCGCCGCGCACUGGCCCGACGUCGUGGCCCACGACGACCCGGCGUUGCUCGGCGCCCUGUCCGGCGACUUUUUGGCCGAGCGCUACGACGCGCUCGUGCUGUCGCCGGGGCCCGGCCACCCGUCCGAGGCGGCGUCGUUCGAAGGCACGGCCGCGGGCGCGGCGCUCCGCUGCGCGCCCGCGGGCCUGCCCGUGCUCGGCGUCUGCCUCGGCCACCAGGGCCUGGCGCUGCACCACGGCCUCGCCGUCGAGCGCCUCGGCGCGCCGCAGCACGGCCUCGUCGCGGAGGUCGCCCACGACGACGGCUCGAGGCUCUUCGCGGGCAUGCCCCAGCGCUUCCGCGCGACGCGCUACCACUCGCUGACCGUCGCCGAGCCGCCGGCGGACUCCGAGCUCCGGGUCACGGCGCGCUGCUCGGCGAGCGGCGACGUCCUCGCGCUCGAGCACGGCUCCGCGCCGCGCUUCGGCGUGCAGUUCCACCCGGAGUCCGUCGCGACGCCCCUCGGCCGCGCCAUCGCGACGAACUUCCUCGACGUCAUCCGCGCGACGCGCGCGCCGCUCGCGUCGCCCGCCGACGACGCGGCGGCGGCGUGCUACCGCGAGCUCUUCUACGGCGGCGCGGGCAGCUUCUGGCUCGACGGCGGCGGCUCCGCGGCGUCGCGCGUCGCCGUCGUCGGCGACGGCGCGGGCCCUUUGGGGUACGCGCUCACGCACGACGCGCGGCCCGGCGGCGGCGCGACGACCUGGCACGGCGGGCGGGCCGGGACGACGGCGGCGCCGCUGCUGGAGACGCUGCGGGCCGAGCUGGCGAAACUCGAGGGGCUCGCCGUCGUCGACCGCGCGAACGGCACGACGCUGGCGCCGCCGUUCGACUUCGCGCUGGGCUUCGUGGGCUACCUGGGCUACGAGAUGCGCCGGGAGACGGCGGACUACAGCCCCGCGAGCGAGGCGCUGCCGCGGGACCGCGCCGACGAGCCCGACGCGGCCUUCGUGUUCGCGACGCGCGCCGUCGUCGUCGACGCCUGGGACGGCGCGGCCUGGAUUUUGGAGCUCUCAAAAACCGGCGCCCCGCUGGACGACGCCUGGCACGACCGCGCGCUCGCCGUGCUGCGGGACGCGCCGGCGCCGGCCGACGCGCCGCCGGCGGACGUGUCCGUGCGGCCGCGCGUCGACGGCGAAGCCUACGGGAGACAAAUAGAAUCCGCGCUCGCGUCGAUCCGCAGGGGCGACUCCUACGAGAUCUGUUUGACGACGUCCUUCGGCGGCACCGUGCCGCCGCGCACGGACCCGCUGGCCGUCUACGAGCGGCUGCGAUCGGGCAACCCGGCGCCGCACUCCGCGUUUUUAGAUCUGCGGGCCGAGGCGGACUGCGCGGUCUGCUGCUCGUCGCCGGAGCGGUUCCUCAAGGUGACGCCCGGCGGGCGCGUCGAGGCCAAGCCCAUCAAGGGCACGGCCGCGCGGUCCGAUGACGCGGGCGAGGACCGGAGGCGGGCGGACGCGUUGCGGAACUGCGUGAAAUCGCGCGCGGAGAAUUUGAUGAUCGCGGACCUGCUGCGCAACGACCUCGCGCGGUCCUGCGAGCCGGGCAGCGUGCGCGUGCCCAAGCUCGCCGCCGUCGAGUCCUUCGCGACCGUGCACCAGCUCGUGACGACGGUCCGGGGAGACCUCGCGGCCGGCAACAACGCGCUCGACGCGGUCGCCGCGGCGUUCCCGCCGGGGUCCAUGACGGGCGCGCCGAAGCGGCGCACGACGGAGCUCAUCGACGCCCUCGAGCGGCGGGACCGCGGCGCCUACGCGGGCGCGCUCGGGUUCUUCUCGCCGAACGGCGCCGCGGAUCUGAACGUCGUCAUCCGCACGGCCGUGCUCUCGUCGCUGGCGUCGCGCGCGCCGCGCGUCGAGAUCGCCGCCGGCGGCGCGCUGACGGCGCUCUCCGACGUCGCCGACGAGUGGGCCGAGGUCACGCUCAAGGCC